ACCACAGGAAGCUCAGAGAAGAAGCGGACGCGUGUGUUUCGGUGUGUUUCGGUGUGUGUCAGUGUUUCCCGGAGGAUGGCGGGGCUGGAGCUGCUGUCGGAUCAGGGAUACCGGCUCGACGGGCGGAAGGCGUCCGAGCUGCGCAAGGUCCGGGCCCGCAUGAGUGUGUUCGCGCAGGCCGACGGAUCCGCCUACCUGGAGCAGGGCAACACCAGAGCCCUGGCCGUGGUGUACGGGCCGCACGAGAUACGGGGCUCCCGCAGUAAAGCGCUGCACGACCGCGCCGUCAUCAACUGUCAGUACAGCAUGGCCACGUUCAGCACGGCCGAGAGGAAGCGGCGUCCGCACGGAGACAGGAAGUCGAGCGAGAUGAGCCUGCACCUCAAGCAGACGUUCGAGGCGGCGGUGCUCACCGAGCUCUACCCGCGCUCACAGAUAGACAUCUACGUUAAGAUUCUGCAGGCAGACGGCGGGAACUACAGCGCGUGUGUGAACGCGGCCACCCUGGCGCUGGUGGACGCCGGCAUCCCCGUGCGUGACUACGUGUGCGCCUGCACCGCCGGCUUCGUGGAGGACACCCCGCUGGCCGACCUGUGCCACGCCGAGGAGAGCGGAGGAGGGACGUCUCUGGCCCUGGCCCUGCUGCCCCGCAGCGGAAACAUCGCCCUGCUGCAGAUGGACGCCCGCCUCCACCAGGACCACUUGGACGCUUUAAUCGAGGCGGCCAUGACGGCGUGCAAAGGCCUCGGCGAGGUCCUGGACGGUGUGGUGCGUCAGCAUCUAGAAGAGGUUUCGGUUCUGACCGGAGAGUGAGGACGAGCUGAAGGGAGCGAUCUGAACAAGAGCGAAAAAAUACAGACGUAACGAGUGAGAUACGCCUUCUGUAUUAAUAAAGGUUUUAUAAGGUUUUCAUAAAAAAGGCUUGACAACUAUUUUUCCUUUCUGUCUGCCGACCAAUGAGAAGACGGGACCAGCAAUUAGUCGUAAACUUUUAGAUGGAAAAUAAACGAAUGUCUUUCUAAAGAUCUGAAUCCUCAGUGCUGAAGUAGCCCAUGUAGAAUUGUCUGUGAAGUAAAUAAAAUCCUUCCAAAAGUGA